AUGGAGUGGGUUCUAAAUAACCACAGCACAGCCUACACUGAUCAAAGCAAUAGCAGCUGGGAGGAGGAGAAUGCUGGUGUCACAGUGAGCACAGCCAUGGAUCUGCAGAAGAGAAUCAUCGGAGGUCAAAAUUGUAGAUCAGAUGAGCGUCACUAUCAUGUGAGAUUAAGUGAAACUUCUGGCAAGUUCCUCUGUGGUGGCUCUCUGAUCAGUGAUCAGUGGAUUCUGACUGCAGCUCACUGCUGGAAGCCAGGAGGGUCUCUGCUCGCUGAUGUAGGCGUGCAUCCUCUUAAUAACCCUAAAGCAAAACCAGGCCAAAUCAUAACAGAACAUUUUAUCUAUAAGGAAAAAGACAGCAAAGGCAAAGACUGGCAGCAUGACCUCAUGCUACUGAAGCUACCUGAACCCUCCAAUAUCACACCAAUAAAACUUGACUGUGAUCCCAGUAAAGCUCCCAAGAUAGGCCAACUGGUUGAGAUUGCAGGUCACACUGCUGAAAAAAAAGACAAAAAAAAUUGUGAAUUCACAAAUGACCUCCAAUGUGCAGAAGCCACGCUUGUCCAAUGUGAUGAGUUCAAUGUCUGUUUGAAAAAUAACUAUGAUCCGAAGUGGUCCUUGGAAUAUAGUAUUCAGGCGUUGAUCUGUGGCAAACAUUCUGGUGUGGAUAUCUGUAAAGGUGACUCUGGUGGAGGAGUGGUGUUCAAGAAGCAGAUAUAUGGUGUCUUAGUAUUAAUUGGUGAUGUUAAAAAUCCCUGUAUGGCACCAUUUGCAUUUAUGGACAUCUGUAACGAAAAAUACCUUAAAUGGAUCAAAGAAACGGCCAAUAUCUAA